AAGAGGGAGGGAGAAGACAGAGAGAGAGAUAUAUAUAUAUAGUCAGUUGAGACAGAGUGUACCUUUAACGCACUUCGUCCUCCCAGAUCCUAGUCAGUCUAAAGCCGGCGACAAAACGACCUAUAUUCCUUGGUCACGUGUUCGAGUCCAGACAAAUUUGAUCGAUCGUCAUGCCGGACUUCCUUGGAAAGAGAUACAAGCUGUACAGCAGCGAGAAUUUCGACGAUUUCAUGAAAGCGCUCGGUGUAGGUAUAAUGACACGUAAAGUGGGCAGUAGUGUGAGUCCUGUAGUUGAACUGACGGAGAAUAAUGGUCUCUAUACGUUGAAAACGACUAGCCCAUUCAAGAACACUGAAAUAAAAUUCAAGCUUGGCGAGGAAUUUGAAGAAGAAACGGUAGAUGGAAGAAAAGUAAAGAGCGUCUGCACUUUAGAUGGAAAUAAACUUAUUCAAGUACAAAAAGGAGAGAAGCAGACCACAAUUGAAAGAGAAUUCUCAUCAACAGAAAUGAAAGCGAUCAUGAAAGUUGAUGAUAUUAUAUGUACGAGAGUAUACAAGAUUCAAGAUUAAAAAUUUUAUUUAAGAAAAUAAAUUCUUCAGCUAAUGAAUUAUUUGAUGAUUUAAACAUUUUUUUCGCUAAUGGCAAUACAAUAUUUUUGACAAAUAAAAAAAAAUAAUAUAAACGUUUUUUAUACGCACAAUAAUACAUGAAUGUAUAAAUAUCACUUAUAUUGUUUGAAAGAUAUGGUUUUUCGCAAUAUAAUACUCGAUAUUACGAAAUAUAUGAAAUAUUACUAAGUAAUAUUAGUUUAUAUUCACUGUAUGACAAAUGUACUGUAUGACAAAGAUUAUUACAUAGAGUUUUAAAAAUAUAUUGAAAAUUUAUAUAUUUUUUUAUGCAUCUUUAAAUAUCAUGCACAUGCUUUUAUGUACAUCAUAUUCAUUGUGAGUAUAUUAAGCGAAUUCACAAUAAAGAAUAGUUUUGAAUUUCAUAUAAAGGUAUUUUUUUUAUGUGAUACAAUGAAUGGAAAGCUUUAAUUACAAAUCUAAUAAAAUAAAAGAACAUUUUAAAAUAA